CCACCCUUAGGGCAUCACAAGCACUUAGCAGUCCAGAGCUCCAGAUCAGCUACUUGAUCUGUGCUUACUGAUCACUCGGCAGCAAUGGCAGGCAAGGCAUCGAUCGCGCUGUUCCUCGCCGUGAACCUGGUCGUCUUCUCCGUGGCCAGCGCGUGCGGGGGAAACUGCCCGACCCCGUCGACGCCCACCCCAUCGACGCCCACCCCGACCCCGGGCUCGCUCGGCAGGUGCCCACGCGACGCGCUGAAGGUGGGCGCGUGCGUCAACGCGCUGAACCUGGUCAAGGUCCAGGUGGGCAGGCCGACCGCGUUGCCGUGCUGCCCGCUGGUGGAUGGGCUCGUCGACGUCGAGGCGGCCCUGUGCCUCUGCACGGUGAUCAAUGCCAGCGUCCUCAGCAUCGUCAAGCUCAACCUCCCCAUCAACCUCAGCCUCAUCCUCAACCACUGCGGCAAGAAAGCGCCCACCGGGUUCAUGUGCUAAGCGAUCUAGCAAGGUGUGACAUGCAGCCCACGCAUACGUUGGCUGCAUGCGGCCAUGCAGAUUAGUGGUGCGAGAGGGGCAUUGUUCUGCUUGAUCAGUUGUUUUGUUUCUGCCGGUUACGUUGUUUGCUUGGUUUUGCUACUUGACGUGCUAGCCACAAGUCUGCACAUGCAUGCAUGCAUGCUACAGAGAGUACGUAUGUAGACGGUUUAAUCAUUUUUAAUGUUCUUUUUAUCGUUCUUUCUUGGCGCGUUCUUUCAUGGCUUAUGGCUUGUAUUAGUUUUGUACGAUCUGCAUGAUGAAUAAAGUUUUUCCUUACUA